AUGGAAUCGGUGCGUAAGGCGAAACAACGUUUACGCAACUAUCCAAUAUUAUUAGGAAAAUGUGCCGAAUCGGCAACAGUUUAUGCAGCUUGUGUGACCAGGGAUUUGAAUGUUCAACACAAAACCUGCGACAAAGAGUUUCAAUUGUUUAAAGAUUGUUUAAAAACUGCUGCCAAAGAAAUGAAAACAAAAUUAUAAAUCAUAAAAAAACGCAAAAAACG